AUGAGGCUCCCACCCAUUCCUCCCACAGCCCCCCCUUCCCCCGGAUACUACCAUGUCCUCUACAGAGAGCACGCACAAGCCCAGAUAGCCUGGCAUGGAGAGACAUACUGCCUGAUUGGAGGCUACCGUGUCUAUGGGGAUGCUCCGCUGGCCACCCCGGCAAAGGCUGAGGAAGAGAAGCCAGCACCCAGGAGGGCUCGCAAGAGACAGAGAGUUCAAGAAGAGUCAGACCAAGAUCUGGGUGCUAGAGCCGCAGAUGUGCAGCAACAGGCCUGGUUUUAUGCAGUGCUGCACAUGCUGCAUGCUGGGCAAGCGCUCUACCAACUAAGCUACAAAAGAGCCCAGUAUUAG